UAAAAGGGACCAUGCGGCUCCUUCCUCCCCAGCGCCUUCUCCCAUCCUCCUUCUCCGGUGAGACCCCGCGCUGACAUUUACUGCCCGCCAUGGACCCCAACUGUGACUGCGUGAGCGGUGGCUCUUGCACUUGUGCAAACUCCUGCAAAUGUAAAUCCUGUCGAUGUACCUCCUGCAAAAAAAGCUGCUGCUCCUGCUGUCCUGCUGGAUGUGCCAAGUGUGCCCAAGGUUGUAUCUGCAAAGCCCCCCAGACUAAGAGUUGUAGCUGCUGCCAGUGAUUGCUCCCGUCUUCCUGUCACUGUAAAUAGAAGAAUCUGUACACUAUGACUUUUCAUACACUUUGGACAUUUUUCUAUUUUUUCUAUAAAAUGUAUGAAUCAAGAUGCACUUAUUAAGCAUUUAAUAUGACAAUAAACUCACUGAAUUCUC